AUGGCACUGAGGGUGGCGAGUGCCUACUGCACUGUUUCCAACGCGGCUAUAAUGGUGGUAAUCGGAAUUAUCCCGAUUCACCUACUCGCUUUGGAAAAAGCAGAAAUGGAGCAAGCGCGGAAGAAUGGUAGUGAAACUAGAGACCAGAAUGAAGGCGUUGAGUACAUGGAAGAGAGAAUGAAAUGCAGCUGCGGGAGGACGUUAGACGCACAGGCUGAUCCCGACGAUCGAAACCUGGAGAAACAGGAAGCACGGCUGCACGGGUAUAUAAAUGUUCACGUGACCCAAUUCUUGACGAGACACGGAUGUUUCAAUGAAUAUUUAUUUAGAUUAAAUAAGAGAAACGAUGCGGUGUGCAUGUACUGUGACAAUCCAUACGACGACGCAGAACACACGUUUAUCGUAUACGGCAGGUGGUGGCGAGGACGGCGGAAUUUGGAAGUGGAGCUCGACGUGUACAUCACUCUAAAGGGGAUGGUUGAUGCAAUGUAA